AUGGGUAUUCCAUUUCCUGAUAUAAACCCAUACGAAACGUUGGGAGUUGAAACCAACGCUACACCUAUAGAUAUCAAAAAGAAAUAUAAAAAACUAUGUUUAAAAUAUCAUCCUGACAAAAUCCAACAGCAACAGCCAAGUAAUACCACAGUAGAUCAAGACCAGUUUGCUAAAAUCCAGUUUUCCUUUAGCAUACUUAAUGAUCCAAACAAGAGGAAAAGAUAUGAUAAUACUGGAUCAUUAGCUGAGUUUGAUGUGGAUGACGAAGGGUUUGAUUGGAAGGAUUACUUUGAAUCAAUUAAUGAAGAGAUAACGGUGGAAAUGAUAGAAGAAGAUAAAUUAAAAUAUCAAAAUUCUCAAGAAGAAAGACAUGAUAUUAUAUCUAAUUUCAUAUACUAUGAUGGGGAUUUCCUUAAGUUAUUUGAGUUGAUUCCUCAUUUGGAAUUCACAGAACUGGAAGAACAGCGUGUAUAUAAGAUUAUCGAGGAGGAGUUGCCAAAGCUGGAUGUAGAAUCCCAUGUCAUAAAGUCAUGGGAAAAAUACACGAAAUCUCGAAAAACCAAAGUUAAACAAAUGUUAAAAAGAUUAGCUAAAGAAGCAAAACAAGCAAAGGAGUUAGAGGCUAUGCUUAAUAAUAAGAAGAAAACCAAUGGUGGCGACUUAAAGUCAAUAAUUAAAAGCCGCCAGGCAAACCGGUUGGAUAAUUUGAUUUCAAGUUUAGAAAGCAAAUAUGGAGACAAGAGGGGAAAGAAAAGACUGGUAAAGGACAUAGACGAUGAUGAAUUCGAAAGAAUCCAGAACGACUUAUUAAAAAGAAGAAAGUGA